CAAUGUCAGUACCACCACAAGUCAAAUGGUACCAGAAAGAUUCCUUCAUCGGUCUAAUAAUUGAGAUCGUUGAUCCAAAGAGAGAGUCAGUGAAAGUCGAUCUAACCGAGUCUUCUGUUCAUUUUGAAGCCGAAUCAAGUUCUGGAAAGUAUGAGUUUGACAUCACCCUAUACAAAAAAGUAGAUCCUAAUAGGUUCGAUACAAAGAUUAAAGAUCGCAGAAUCAAGGUCGUUAUUGCGAAGGCAGAAGACUGUCACCAAGAAUGGAGCAGACUCACUCCAGACAAACAUCGCUGGCUGAAGUUUGAUGUCGACAGUGUGGAUUUGACUGACGAGGAAACUAUUGCGGCGCGCAAACUGGAAGACGCGAAGAGAAAAUUAGAGGAUGAGCACGGACCGCUCCCUCAAGAUACUAAAGUCCAGCAUAUGUCCAGUAUGCUGAACUCCGACGAUAUCACCCGAGAUCUCGAAGAGGCAGAAAAAGAGAUGUACGACAUGCUAAAGAACAGCUACCUAACUAUCUACAAUUCUGUGGUGUGGUUAGGCUACUUCUACGUCUUCUUCGUAUCUCUUCUCAGAGUUGCUAUUGAAGGCACAGGUGCGAUAAAAACGAACUACGCCACCAUGAGCUGGUUGCUGAGAUCCUGUCAACAGACAGUGUUCCUGGAGAUUAUACACUCGGUUACCGGUCUUACUAAAACCUCUACUUUUGCUACUUUCGCCCAGGUGGUUGGAAGAGCAAUUGUGUUAUUUUGUGUUGUUGACGCGGAACCAUCUCUCCAAACCUCCCUCUCUUGUUAUCUUCUCGUGGUAGCUUGGUGUGCUGUUGAGGUCGUCAGGUACCCAUAUUACAUAGUCCAGAUUUACGAGUUAUACUUCCCUAAAUUAAUGUGGCUGAGGUACAAUGUGUGGGUUCCUCUCUAUCCUAUUGGAUUGAUAUGUGAAGCAAGUUUAGUGUAUCAGUGUAUAGAGUUAGUGUCACAGUCAGGGCGCCUCACUGUUACUCUACCCAAUAGUCUCAACGUUGCUUUCGACUUCAGCCUCUUCCUCAAGAUUUACCUUGCUGCUCCUGCAAUUGGAGGACUGUUUUUAUUGAUGCACAUGGGAUCUCAGCGAACGAAAGCAAUGAAGAAACUUGCAAAGUUAAAACAGAUGGAGGACGUCUAUCAUAAACAAAAAGAUUUGAUAGAUAUCAGAAAGAAAAAAGAAAGUAAAAAAGCUAAAUAGAUAGCAGAUACAUCAUCUUAAUCUAUGUAAACAGUGUUAAGGACCCAUGUAAAUUUCAAAACAUCGAGAGCCCACAAAUUUAUUAACGGAUUAUCGAA